CGCUCGCCCGAGGCUCUAGCUGGGUCCGUUCGCAAGUGUCGCGGCAGCUCUGGCCAUGAGGACCCUGUGGAUGGUGCUGUGCGCUCUGGCGCGGCUGUGGCCCGGGGCCCUGGCUGGCUGUGCAGAGGCCGGCCGCUGCUGUCCUGGCCGUGACCCAGCCUGCUUCGCCCUCGGUUGGAGGCUGGACAGGGUCUAUGGAACGUGCUUCUGUGACCAAGCCUGCCAUCUCACCGGGGACUGCUGCUUCGACUACGACAGGGCGUGCCCAGCUCGCCCUUGCUUUGUGGGAGAAUGGAGUCCCUGGAGUGGCUGCGCAGGUCAGUGCCAGCCCACCACGCGUGUGCGCAGGCGUUCAGUGCGUCAGGAACCACUAAACGGAGGGGCGCCCUGCCCACCCCUGGAAGAGAGAGCUGGCUGCCUGGAGUACUCCUCAUCACAGGGCCAGGAUUGCGGGCACUCCUUUGUUCCUGCCUUCAUAACUAGCUCUGCCUUCAACAAGAAGAGAAUGUCCACAGAGUCUCCACAGUGGUCUACACACACUGAGGAUGCUGGAUACUGUAUGGAGUUCAAGACCGAGUCCCUGACUCCUCACUGUGCUCUGUACAGCAGUCCCCUGACUCGAUGGAUGCAGUAUCUCCGUGUGGGAUACACAGUGUGUGUGGGCUGUCAGCCACCGGCUAUGAGCUCUGUGAGCCUACGUUGUUCUGGAGAUGGUCUAGACUCUGACGGAAAUCAGACUCUUCGCUGGCAAGCCAUUGGCAAUCCUCGAUGUCAGGGAACCUGGAAAAAAGUGCGUCGAGUAGACCAGUGCUCAUGUCCAGAUGUGCACCGCUUCAUUUUUAUAUAGAGCACCUGGGAGCUGCUUCCCAGCAUGCUUGUGAAUGGGCUGAGUAUUGACAAGCUGCAUCCAAAGCUUCAGAAGCCCCCAAAAGCUGCGCCAGGGACCUGGGCUCUUGCCAUUGCUACGCUUUGCCACUGAGAAAGAAAAUUUAGGGAUAGUUCUCAAGAUAGAUCACAGUCUCUUUGUUUUUAUUUUUACUGAGUUAAGGACUCAUACUGAAAGCUCCUAUGGCCUGUAGACUUUUACCUUACAUUUGGUCACAGCAUACAUGUCUACACUAGAAUCACGACCAUGUGCUCCAGUUUGGGGCAAAUUGUUGUUUAGGGCUAUUUUUCAUGAAAUUUUGGCACCAAAUUAGCCAACUGCUUCAAUGAUAAGCAUUCUAUUAUCAUUCAUAUCUAAGAUUUCUCAAAGAAUAGAGGCUGGAGCAGAAUAAGACAUAUCUUUUAAUGUCUGACUUCAUGCUUAAUUUCUUCCUAUGCUAAUAUUCAUAAAUUCCUUCAUUUAAUAUUCUUCAUGCUAAUAUUCUUCCUAUGGCACAGAGGAUAGAAAACAGAUUUUCCUGCAAAUGUUAUAAUCUCCUACUCAGAGAAUAAAAUAUUAGCUUUACCCUUGGUUGAGAGAUAACCGAGUUUGUGGCUAAAUGGCAUGGUGUGCUCACAGGCUUAGGAUGACAAGCUAUUCUCAGCAUCUGCAGCCAUCUGGUCCAGCUUCCUCAUCUGGGACUCUGCUUCAGUGAAGAUCAUCAUGACUAUGCCCAAGACUCCAUUAUAGGACCUCAGCCUGGUUUUGUUUUGAAGCAGGUUUUAAAUUGAGGAUAUUUUCUUUGAAGAAUUGAAUCAAUACUUAAAUGGUAUAAUUCCUUUGGUGUGAAUAAUCAUUCCCUAACAUAGCUAACUAAAAUGCAUAUUUUCUGGUGCCAAUCAUGUAACAACUGUGGCCAACAACAAGCUUAAAGGGGUAGCAAAUGUCUCCUGAUAGUAUUUCUGAUUAUAUUUUCAUUUAAAGGUAUUUUUAUAGAAAAUCAAUUUUAACAAAACCCUUUCAUUUGGGGGCUGGAAAGUUGGCUUAGCGGCUAAACGUGUGCUCAGUACUCUUGGAGUUAGUUCUCAGCGCCCAGGGAAGAUGGCUCACAACGACCUGUAGCUCCAGGAUGUUUGGUCUGAGGCAUAAGUAACCAGUUAAGUGAAUGGAACGAGGUAUGCAACUUUUAGGUUUAGCUGAGAGAUAUAAGCUUACUUACUUAUCUUCCUUCCCUCAUAAAUUAUGUGGGUAACAGAGAUGAGGGGGGGGGGGCAGUCUCAGCUUAGUGAAUUUAAAUGUACCAUUUUUUUCUCAUGUAAUUGUCCUCAAACCCACUAUUUACUUGAAUUUGAACUUCUAAUUCCUCUGCCUCUCGAGGUGCUAGGAUUUCAGGUGUGCACCUUCAUCCUCAUUUUUUGGUACUGAAGAGUGAUCCUAGGCAUUAUGUAUGCUAAGAAAGCACUCUAGCAAUUGGGACACGUUUUAAAGAGUGGAAGAAAAGACUCUCCUGAUGGAUAAGCAAGAGUGAGAUGAGGUGGAAGGAGCUUCAUUUUCUGUCAUUUAGGUAAGAUGA